GCAGGCGCAGGCGCUGGCUUCCCUCUGUCUCUCGCGAGAACCGAGAGCUUCACUUUCCCCUUCGCGGAAACAGCGGCAGCGUCUCCCGGGCAACAGCAAUGGCGGCCCCCAUGUCCGAGCGGCUCUUCUCGUUGGAGCUGCUUGUAGACUGGGUGCGUCUGGAAGCCGGACUGCCGCUGCCGCCGCGGACGUCCGUAGUCGAGGCGGAGGAGGAGCUGGACCAGGAGGAGGGGACAUCGCCGCCGCCCCUGUCGCGCUCCCUGUGCCCUGCGGUGGCCUUCCGCCUGCUGGACUUCCCCACGCUGCUGGUUUACCCUCACGGGGGCCCCGCCACGCCCGCCCCGGAGCCCCGGCCCGGCCUGCUCCGCUUCGGUCGCGGCAAGUCCUGCCUCUUCCGCCUUCCCCCCGCUACCCUGCGCCGCCGGCUCCUGGAGACACCGCUUUACUCCUUGCUGCUUCAUCUGCCCCCCGGACAGCCCACUCCUGCCCCGAAGCUCCUGGGCACCUGCAGCAUCUCGCUGGCCGCUGCAGCCCGCGAGGUCCUGGGUCCAGUCACCUCUGGCUGCUCCCACGGCCAUCGAGGAAAUUUCCCUCUGCAUAACCAUGUGGGGGAGCGCAUUGGGGACAUUUCGCUGACCUACCGCCUGACUGACCUGGGGAGCAGUUUGCUGGGCCAUCUGCGGCGGCCCAUCACUUCCACAGAAGGUGGAGAGGAGGGUGCAGAGGCGUGGGAGGCAGCGGUGGUCCGGUCCCAAGCCCAGCAGGAAAAGCAGCUGCAGCAGCUAGACUCACACCCAAGCCCAGGAAAAACUGAUAGGACUCUGCGGAGUUUAAAACCCGCAAAGGCCCAGAAGGAUUUGAAAGAAACAGUUUUCCACACUAAGGCCAACUCUGAUAACACGGGUCCUGCGGAGAAUGGCAAGACCAGCCCUGUUUGUUCAGACGAGAGUGGUGUGGGGCGUGUGAGCUCCCCAGAUCAGGAAGUGUCAGAGUUGGACCUUGAAACGAACACAUUUUGCCCCCCUCCUCUGUAUUACACUCACAUGACCCAAGAAAAGAGGCCUCCUGUACAGGGUAAAAUCACCAUUAAGCCUCAAGUGCAUGUACCUGAGGAGCUGGAUGGUACUUUUCUGGAAGAAAAACUCAUAAAUCCCACAACACCUACUAAUCUUCUAAAACAUACAGCUUCUGCAGUAGAACAUGAGAGUCCUGCAGUGCUUAGUCCUCCACAUGUUCAGGAUGUAGCAGCAAGUAAUCCAAAUACAUGUCACCCUGACACUGAGCCAGGUAGAAUUAACGCCAUAAGGCAGUUGCCCUUGUUAAACGCGUUGUUAGUUGAGUUGUCCUUGCUGUACAACCAACCUGUGGCAAGUCCUACUCAUAUACACCCUCACUUAGCCUGGUUAUACAGACCUGAGGAUAAGAAGUUGCCAGAACCUUCUGCCAAAUCCACAGGCAAAUCCGAAUCAAAGAAAGAUAAGCUUUCUGUGGGGGAAAACGAGAAAUCACUGAGUCUGCCGUGUAAAAAGAACCAGGUUGAAAAUCUCAGGAAAGGUAAAUAUUUUGAAAAGAACAAUGAGGCCCCUGAAAAAAGAGGUCCAAGGGGGAAGCUAUUCUAUGGCUUAACAAAUACACUCAAACUCCGUUUAAAGCAGACAAAUCCUGGUAUGUUGGUGGUGCAUGAAAAGAGAGAACAGUAUAGAAAGAUGCAAACACAAAUGUUAGAUGCAAAACUCAGAAUUCCAUUCUCCAAAGUUAAAAUAUCGAACUUUGCAGAACAGCAUGAGAAGCCACGUCAACUGCCUAAAGAAAAGUGUUUAGAUUCAGACACAUCUUUUGCUAAAAAUAGUGAUUCCUCAAAGCCAAUCAAUGGGGUUGUUGAUGACCCCAGCACAACUAAAGAAACUGAACUGAAAUGUGCAACUGAAAAGACAGUUAGCUGUGGAGAAAACAGAACCAGCAAUGGUUCAUUGGAAAAAAUUGUGAGUCCUGCAGAUUCUAUUAUGCAAGAAAGAUUUGCUCAUCUAAAUAUUUUGGAAGAAAAAGUGGAAAUGAAAGUCGAAAGUCCGUUUGUUUCCCAGCAGGUUGCAGUUGUUGACAAAAUUGUAAUAGAUAAAGAAAUAGAUAAGAAGCAGGUCAAAAUUACUGGUAAUGACACUCUCACUGCAGAUGUGAGUGGCGGUAAGCCAAGGAAAAAUAGUUGCUCUGAAAGCAUCUCAGAACUAAAAUACUCAGAUGACUUCACCAGCCCUUGCUAUUCUGAAGAUUUUUAUACUUCCGAGGACACCAGCAGAAUUUUGCAGGCUCACGAUGGAAGACCAGGGGCAGAAAACCCAACACGUAGUCAACAUACAAGUAAGUCUAGCGAAGCGAGAGUGUACAUAAGGAGAAACAGCAGUGAAAAGAGUUUUGUUCUCAGCCCGCCAUUUUCAGCUGGAUCGCCAGUAUACUCAUCUAAAAGAGCUCCUAUUUCAAAGACUCAGGAUGAAAGUUUGGAAGAAGCAUCUACUGUCUCUACUGAUGACUUAUCUUCAUAUUGGACUGAGGAGAAAGAAAACCAGGUAGACCAAACUAGUACGCAUCAUUCUAAAGUUAGGAAGAGGGGUCAAGACCUCUCUAUUAAACUUAAAACACCAACUGAUUGCAAGUCUUUAGAAAAAAGCCAGUCAACUCGGACUUCUCAGGUGAGUUCUUACCUGCCAUCCAACCUGUCAGAACACAGUAAAUCGGAUCACUGUGAAGAAGACAGCGAUGAGAUUGGCUCCCUAAGCAUUUCCAAGCAAUGCAAAGAUAUUUGUGAGCUAGUAAUAAACAAACUUCCAGGAUAUACAGUGUAAAACUGUUCUUUUAAACAUGUUUCAUUUUUUACAACCCUUGUGUAUAGUUAGUGAAACAAUUUUUAAUAACUUUUUACAUUCCUUUUAUUCCAUAAAAAAUGGGAACGGUGUUUUUGAUUUUUAGUGUUCUACAUUAAAUCAGCCGGUAUUGAUCAUGAAAUUACCUUCACCUAGGUGAGAUCUAAGUUGUUUAAUUGUGUAAAAAUAAAAGUGUCUCUCUUCCUAAAC